AUGACUCGUAUUCCUUCUGAAGUUGAACUAGAAAUAUCAAAAUUUUGUAAUAAUAUCAGACAGCAUACUUAUGUGCGUUCAGUUGAUAUAGCGUUGGCUACCGUGUUAAUAUUGAAAAAAUUAAUUGGUGAAUCUACGUGGACCGAUUCUGGCGAAUUAAUUCAGUUAAUUCGUUCACAAGCAAAUCGUCUAAAUGAAGGACAAUCUAUUGAUAGUAUAACAUUUAAUAUAAUUCGACGUAUUUUGAAGUUAAUUCGUGAAGAAUCAAGUCGCAUUUUGCAUGGACGACACGAAGGCGACAUGCCUUUAACAUUACAAGGUUUUAGUGAAACUGUAUCUAGAACCGAAGAAAAAGAAAAUGAUCAAACACUUAAUCAAAAGAGCGCUGAUGGGACAGAAACGGAUGUAGAGAAUGUUGCAGUACAGAAGCCAGCACUAACAUCCGAUAAUGUGCCUAUGAUUAAUUUGAAACCAGAAUUAAUGUUCUCCUUAAAUGAGUACAAUUUUGAAAUUGGUGAAUCAGGGAAAAUGAUUUCUCGUGAAUCUAUUCAACACAUUCAUGCUAAUGAAUUAAUUUUGACAUUGGGACAUUCUCAUACUGUUGAAGAGUUUUUUAAAUAUGCUGCUAGUAAAAAACGAAAAUUUCAGGUAUUUGUAAUGGAACAAGCACCAUAUUUUAGUGGACAUAUCAUGGCUAAAAAUUUAGCCGAUUUAAAUAUUAACGUUACAGUAGUUACAGACUCAGCAGUAUUUGCGUUAAUGGCGCGUAUCAAUAAAAUAAUUAUUGGCACAAGAAGUUUAUUAGCCAAUGGUGGUUUGACAGCUAAAUGUGGAACAUACAAUUUAGCUCUAGCCGCUAAACACUACAGUGUCCCGUUAUUGGUUUGUGCUGCAGCCUAUAAAUUUUCGCCAACAUAUUUACCAUCAUUUGAUCCCGUUAUGUGUAAUAGUUUUGAUUCACCCGAACUCAUUUUACCUUACAAUGAUCGUAUGCAAUCAUCGUUAGAUGUCAUUGUACCGAUGUACGAUUAUGUACCACCAGAACUAGUUACGCUAAUAAUAAGCAGCGGUCAAGGAAAUGCACCUUCUUAUGUGUAUCGUCUAGUAAGUGAAUUAUAUCAUGCGGAUGAUAAUGAUUUAGAACGACAGAAUAGAACAAUUUCAUAG